AUGAUGGAACCAAGGCGCGAGUAUGGAGUGAGAAGGGCCUGUCGAGGAGUUCAGCGCAGGAGUAGGCUGAAACAGGGCUUGACGGCUCGGCGUCGGUCGGCCGUCACGUUCUCGGCGAAGGAGCGCGAGGCAUCCGUGUGGCUGGCCGAGAACAACGGCCUUCACGUCUUCCCGCUGCUCAGGAAGCCGCUGACGUCAUCACUGCUCAAGGCCGAAUGUUCGGACCCAUCGCGAACCAUCGCCUACCGCGUGACGUCACCGCCCGCCCAAGGCCAGCUGGUGCUGCAGUCGGAGCCGACCGCGACCUUCACGCAGGACGACAUCGACAGCAACCGUGUCUGGUACCAGCACUCGACCCCGUUCAGCGACAUGGCCGCCAACGAUUCGUUCGUGUUUGACGUUGUGGCCGCGUUUGCUCAGCCGCUUCUCAAUCAGGAGUUCCACGUGGAGAUCUCGGUGUGGUCGGGCGGACUGGACCAGUUUGUCGACCUGAGCACGACGCUGGAGGUGGCGGAGGGCGGAGGGGCGGUGGUACUACUCAACACCUCAGCCGUUGUCUGGUUGCUGGCCCAGCACGUUGGCCUCACCGCCCCCACCAUACAGCUGCAGCUCACUGCGCCGCCCCGCCACGGCCAGCUCUGCCUCCUCCAGGCCACGACCGCCGCCGCCCCCAACUGCACCGCCACCACGUUUACUCACCAACAGGUUGAUUCAGGACAACUGACCUACCAACACGAUCAUUCCGACACCACAACAGACGAGCUGAAAUUCUCAAUGUACCUAGUGCCUGGAGAGGUGCUUCUGUGCAACAUCACACUUCCGGUUUCGAUCCGACCAAUCAACGACCAGCCUUUCAAGCUGAUCACGCAGACGCCGCACAUGAGUGUGGUCCAAGGUCAGACGCGACGCAUCACCCGGGAACAGCUGCUCACUGAAGACGACGAUACACCACCUGAGGAGCUAGUUUAUGCAGUCAUCAAUGGCCCCGUUCACGGCAAUCUGCUUGUCGGCGGGACUCCACUCGGAAAAUUCACACAGGCCGACAUAGAUGCUGGGAAAGUUGCUUUUGAGCAUUCAGGCCCACUCCAACCGGUCUCGUUCUAUUUCCGGGUUUGGGACGGACAGUUCAAACCGGAGUACACAGUCUUCAAUAUUGACAUUCUCCCUGUUGCUCUGAACAUCACAAUUACUGGCUCGGUUACACUUCAACAAGGCUCCAGUGUGGCAGCUGUUACUACUAGUAUUUUGAGUAUAGCUUCGAAUGGAAAGGAGGAAACGAUACUAUACAAUAUCACAACUCCUCCACGUCAUGGGAACAUAUAUCUGGAGGACUCUCCCGCGUCGGCGUUCAAGCAUGAGGAUCUGGUGGCGCGUCGGAUCAUGUACAUGCAGACGGACAUGACGACGCACAGUGACACGUUUCAGAUGUCGGCUCGGCUGCCCUACGAGAGCUCCCCGACCGUGACAGGGUUGUGGGUGAAUGUCAGUGUUGAGCCGCUGCUGAAGAUUGGAAAGUUCACACCAAUGGCAGGUGUUAAAACACCGUUUGGGACCGACGUACUAGAUGCCGGGCCAUUAGCUAAACUCACCGGCUCUGAUCCGGUGUACAAGAUUUUGAAAAGACCGAGGUAUGGAAGGAUCAAGAAGAUAAUACGGAGUUCGGGUGAGAGGAGGAUGGUGAAGGAGAAGGAGGUGAACCGGUUCACGCACGAGGAGAUACGUAGCGGUGUGAUAUACUAUGUGGCAAGGAAGGUGCCGGAAACGGUGCGGGAUGGGUUUCCGUUCCUUCUGGAGGCAUCCAUCUUCCAGCCGGCGAUCGGCGACGUGCGGUUCGACGUGAUUGGUGAGCUGGCUUCACCGUCGACCGUCAGCCCCCGUCUGCCGGGCCCCAAGGCGCCCGUGGGGCACGAGGGGGGCGUCGAGAUGGCCAGCCCCAACAUGAGUGACGAUUACCUGUUGGUGGUUGGCAUGGUGGUCGCCACCAUAGUGCUGGCUGUGUUUGUGGUCAUCCUGGUGCGGUGUGGCUCCAAGCGGUCGGAGGUUGGUGGGCCCGGCGGCGAAAAGACUGACUUCAACGCUUCGCUGCCCCUGCCUAGGCCGCCCGAUGAUCUCAUGCCGUCCUCGCCGAUGCCCAAGCGCGCUGCUCCGCCGAUAAUCAGCAGCGCAGUGCCGCAAUGCAAGGUGAUCCCGGUGGUUGGCGCAGGCGCAGUGCCGACCGGCGACUCGAUGACCACCGGUUCUGAGCCGGAGCUGAACCUGCACUACCCGUACGGGGCACCCGACGAGGACUGGAGCAGCUACGAGGCAUCGGCCGACUCUGCCGGCGCAUACCCCGCACAGCGAGGCAACAACCCCAUGCUUCGGCGCAACCAGUACUGGGUCUGAUCCACGGCCACAACACAACACAUUUCAUAGACUUGUUCAAUAAUAAUUCUGAACUGACACUCAAAAAGGUAGCAAAUGUUUUCCGGUUUCCAAACUGAGACGAGGACUGAAGCAAGAUGUUUCAUAGUGGUACGCAGCUACAACACACUCCAUUUUGUACAAUUCGUUUAUUUGUUGAGUUGUUGUUUAACUCUGAACUGAUAAAAGGUAGCAAGACGUUUCACAGUGUUACGCUGCUGAAGCUAGAACACACUCCAUUUUGUACAACUCGUUUCUUUGUUGAGUUGUUGAGUUAUUGUUAGAUUCUGAACUGAUAUUCGAAAAGGUGGCAAAACUUUUCAUAGUGAUACGCUGCUACAAGACACUCCAUUUUGUAUAACUCGUUUCUUUGUUGAGUUGUUCAGUUGUUGUUAGAUUCUGAACUGAUACUCGAAACGGUAGCAAAACGUUUCAUAGUGGUACGCUGCUACGUCUAGACCACACUCCAUUUUAUAAGACUUGUUUCUUUGUUUAGUUCAGUUGUUCAAUUCUGAACAGACAAUCAAAAAGGUAUCAAAACGUUGCCCCGUGUUACACUGUGUUUCGUUGCUACAACAUUUUAUUAUACUCGUUUUUUUUUUAAUUCAGUUGAUGUUGAAUUCUGAACUGAUACUCGAAAAGGUAGCAAAAUGUUUCAUAGUGGUAAGCUGCUACAACUAAACCACACUCCAUUUUAUGACUCGUUUCUUUGUUUAAUUCAGUUGCUCAAUUUUGAACUGACACUCAAAAAGGUAUCAAAACGUUGCCCCGUGUUACGCUAUAUUUCGGUGCUACAACAUUUUAUUGGACUCGUUUCUUUGAUUAAUUCAGUUGAUGUUAAAUUCUGAACUGUCACUCGAAAAGGUAGCAAAAUGUUUCAUAGUGAUGAGCUGCUACAACUAGACCACACUCCAUUUUAUACGACUCGUUUCUUUGUUUAGUCCAGUUGUUCGAUUCUGAUCUGACACUAAAAAACGUAGCAUAACGUAUGACAGUAUUAGGCUGGGCGUACACCGAUUAGUCAAGACAAGACUAGUCACGUUUAGUCACAAUACUUCACAUAGUUGCUUAUGAGGACAUGUCUAAUUGCAAUGACUAAUCAGUGUGAGUUGCGUCAUAAGCAGCUAUGUGAAGUACUGUGACUAAACGUGUCUUGUCUUGUCUUCACUAACUGUUGUGUGCCUAGCCUUACACUGCUACAACACACUCCAUUUUAUAAACUUGUUUCAUUGGUCGUUUCUAAAUCAAAUCAAUUCAAUUUAUUUGUUGCUGAGCGUUUAAAGGAAGCGAGACGAUUUUGCAUAAACGAAAAUAGUAGCUACUGAGUCAACAAUUCUAUUUACAGUGAAACGUCGGGAAUCGCAGUUGAGAAAUUUAAUUGUAACUCUAACAGAAUCAAUAUUAUAUGUAACAUCUAACAGUUCAUGGAUUAGUCAAUUGAUCAUCGUAGUUAAUGCGAACUCUGUAUUAUUCAGGUGGA